AGUGUAUUAAAUUGUUUUACAGCACACAAAAGAAGAAAAUCCACCUGCAGCCUUCACAUGUGACAAUGAAGAAAGAUUUCUCGUGCUGCUGCUCAUCUCUGAUUCCCAGCAGAGAAACUACUAGUUUCUAUCUGCUCGGUGUGCUCAUUGCUCUUUACAUGCUGGCUGGUGCUGCCACAUUUUCCUCCUUAGAGAGACCAGCGGAGUUACAGGCUCACCAGGUCUGGGAGAGGAGGCUGAGGGACUUCAGUCGUGAGCAUAAAAUUAGUUGUGAAGACCUGAAACGUCUUUUGCGCCACUAUGAAGAAGCCAGGACAGCAGGCAUACGGACAGAGCGAGGCAGAGCCCUGUGGGACAUCCCAGGUGCUUUCUAUUUUGUGGGAACUGUGGUCUCCACCAUUGGAUUUGGAGUGACAGCCCCAUCCACUGUGACAGGGAAGGUCUUCCUUGUUUUCUACGGGUUGCUGGGCUGCUCAGCUACCAUACUCUUCUUCAAUCUUUUCCUCGAGAGAGUCAUAACAUUACUCAGCCUCCACAUAUUCUGGUGCCACGGCAGGAGGAGCAGACACAGCAGACUGGAGGGGAGAGCCAGCGAGAGUGAUGGAAAUGAAGACUGGAAACCGUCUGUAUACCAAAUCACACUCAUCCUUUUUGUUGCCGUCCUGCUGGUUGCAUGUGUGGCUGCCUCCCUCUAUUCAGCUAUGGAGGGCUGGACUUACUUGGAGUCCCUCUAUUUCUGCUUUGUGGCGUUCAGCACAGUGGGCUUUGGGGACUUUGUGAGUGGCCAGAGAGAACACCAUGAGGACACUCAGGCGUACCAGGUUGCUAACUGUCUCCUGAUGCUCUUAGGAGUGUGCUGCACCUAUUCUCUCUUUAACGCUAUCUCUGUGAUCAUCAAACAAGGACUGAACUGGAUGCUGAAGAUGCUGGCCUGGAUGUACAGCGGUGCAGUCCAGUAUAGACUGCAACUCCAACCACUGUUCAAACUCUGUUUCUGUGACUCUGAGCCAACCAUAUGUUAUUGUGAAGAUGACAGCCUGCAUAGGCAGCGGGUACAGGCAGUUUUUAGUUCAGCCCACAGUAUGCUAUGGCGCUCCUCUGUUCCCAGUGCUAUUGGUAAAUGUCUUUGUGAUGAAGCUAAAGUGGAAACAGUGUGUCACAGAAACUAUGACAGAGGCCAGGAUAAUUAUUCAUAUGAAAAGAAUGAAGACUAUGCUACACCACUGCCUACUUAGCCAAAUUGAAAUAUUUCAGAAAAUACUGUCAACACAGUGAAAUGCAGAGAUGAGAUAUACUCAGAUUAACAUGUGUAGAAUUUUUUGCCUUUUGAGCACUUCUGGUACCAAGUGAAUGUUUAUCCUGAGGGAAGCAGGCAAUAAAUUCACAAGUCACACAUACACACUCAUGACCAGCAGAAUUGCACAUCUUCCAAUAAAAUCUUCAUUUCAUCAAUACUUGACUUAAAAAGACAGCUGGUUACCACAGUGUCCAAGUAUUUGUACUCAGGGACCAUAUCAAUGUUGGUGUCCUGGAUGGGGAAAUACAGUGCCGUGUGAGUUACCAGCAAAUUUAAAAACAUGCCUCUUACAUCAUUGUGUUUACAGUCAUUUGUAUACAAGAUUUAAAAAAAGAUUAGAAAUUAUGCAACCCUUGGGAAAUCACGUGUAGAGUAGGAGUGAAAUUUGGAGGACAAUACACCACUGAGCCUGACACACUAAAACAUCUCUAUCACGAAAUCCACUCUCCAACCCAUGAGAUUUUAAUUUGCAUUAAAGGAAGUUUGUCAGUAAAUAGAUAUGGCUGGUUAUUGUUGAAUAAUCAUUCCAUUACUGAGAGCACUGAAUCCAACUGCUUCACUAAUGGUAUAACUUUAGCUACAUUUUUUUUUUCCUAAAAUGAAAUGAACUGAAUUGAGAGGGAGGCAUGAACAGACCGUACAUGUGCCCACUGGCCCAGCCUACUUGGGCCUGUGCCUAGUAGGCCCAUACUGUAUUUAGAUUGUUAGAUUGUUAGAGUGGUUUGUCUUGGUUACACUCAACUGAGAAAAACCAAUGAAACACACACAUAUGCAGCUGCACACAUAUGUCUGCACCUGGUUUUGAUAUACAUUUACAAUCAAGGUCUGUAUCAGUUAUCUGAUAAAGUUCUACUUUGUGAAAGAUGCAGACUACGAUUGGGCCCUCAUAAAAUUCCAGAGGCUUACUUCUGAUGUCUUAUCAAAACAAACAUUUGAAGUGAUCAUCUGUGAAGCCUAGCCAAACUGUUCAUAUGUAAAUGGACUGUGUCUGUAAUAUCAGUUUAUCUGUAGCUUCAUCUGGACUGGGCUUGUGAACAAAGCUGUAAUGGUAGGAAUCUGAAUAAAAUUUGGAACAUGUUGGUGGUGUUUUAGUGGAGGUCUCAAAUUGCUUUACUGGAUCUGUUUGUUCUCUUACAUCAUGUCUGAUGCAACACUGCAUGUUUUAUUGUUGUCAGCAUACUUCUUCACUGGGCAAUAUUAGAGAAAUGUCUCCCUCUGCUGGAGUGAUUUGUAACCUACAUGGAAAGAUGAGUCACUGAGGUGGUUACAGUACAAUGCACUAUACUGGUGUUUUAUA